AUGGUGCGGGUCCGAGCUGUGGUGAUGGCCCGAGAUGACUCCAGUGGGGGCUGGCUGCCUGUGGGGGGCGGGGGCCUCAGCCAGGUGAGCGUAUGUCAGGUCCGAGGGGCCAGGCCCGAGGGGGGGGCCCACCAGGGGCACUACGUCAUCCACGGGGAGCGCCUCCGGGACCAGAAAACUACUCUGGAGUGUAUCCUGAAGCCAGGCUUGGUUUACAACAAGGUAAACCCUAUCUUCCACCACUGGAGCCUGGGUGAUUGUAAAUUCGGGCUGACCUUCCAGAGUCCCGCAGAGGCUGAAGAAUUCCAAAAGUGUCUGCUGGCAGCCCUGGCCACUCUGGGUCAAGGCUCGCUCACUCCUUCUUCUUCCUCCUCCUCUUCCUUCUCCUCCCCAUCACAGGACACUGCUGAGACCCCCUGCCCCUUGACGUCCCACGUGGACAGCGACUCUUCCUCCAGUCACAGCCACCAGGAGACACCUACUACUGCUGCCACGGUGGUCCCAGUCCCCAUCAGCACCUUGGAAUCAUCUACUGGCUUUGGGCCAACGACAUCCCCCCAGCGCCGCCGCGGCUCCUCAGCUCAGAGCUACCCCCCUCUCCUACCGUUUACGGGAAUCCCAGAGUCUGCAGAGCCCCAAGCCGGCCCUGGAGGCCCAGGCUGGGGCGGCCGAGGCUAUGAGGAUUACCGGCGAGCCGGGCCGCCCCCUCCACUCACCCUGUCCACCUGUGUGGUGCGCUUCACCAAGACUGGCACCUUGAGGGAUGCAGCCCUAGGACCCCCGGCUGCACUCCCCGCCGCUCUCACCGAGCCUGCACCCCCAGCGCUCCCAGCACGCCCACCCCCGAGUCUGGGCCCGCCAUCUGCGCCUGCCAAGGCCUCCCCCGAGGCGGAGGAAGCGGCGCGCUGCGUGCACUGCCGUGCGCUCUUCCGCCGCCGCGCCGACGGGCGUGGUGGUCGCUGCGCUGAGGCCCCCGACCCGGGUCGCCUUCUCGUGCGCCGGCUUAGCUGCCUGUGGUGUGCGGAGAGCUUGCUCUACCACUGCCUGUCAGACGCCGAGGGCGACUUCUCGGACCCGUGCGCUUGCGAGCCAGGCCACCCGCGCCCUGCCGCGCGCUGGGCCGCGCUGGCCGCCCUCUCCCUCGCGGUUCCCUGCCUCUGCUGCUACGCUCCCCUCCGCGCGUGUCACUGGGUUGCUGCACGCUACGGCUGUGCGGGCUGCGGGGGUCGCCACGAGGAGGCAGCGCGGUGA